AUGGGCCUGGGGGCCAGCGUGGAGGAGCCCGCGGGCGGCUCCGAGGGCUUCCACCUGCACGGCGUGCAGGAGAACUCCCCAGCUCAGCAGGCUGGCCUGGAGCCCUACUUUGACUUCAUCCUGACCAUCGGACACCUGAGGCUGAACAGGGAGAACGACACACUGAGGACGCUGCUGAAGGCUAAUCUGGAGAAGCCGGUGAAGCUUGAGGUGUUCAGCAUGAAGACCAGGAAGGUGCGCGAGGUGGUGGUGGUGCCCAGCAACAUGUGGGGCGGCCAAGGCCUGCUGGGUGCCAGCGUGCGCUUCUGCAGCUUCCGCAGGGCCAGCGAGCAGGUGUGGCACGUGCUGGACGUGGAACCGUCUUCGCCUGCUGCCCGUGCAGGCCUGCGCCCUUACACAGACUACGUGGUUGGCUCGGACCAGCUCCUCCAGGAGUCUGAGGACUUCUUUACGCUCAUCGAGUCCCACCAGGGGCAGCCCGUGAAGCUGAUGGUUUACAACUCAGAGCUGGACUUCUGCCGGGAGGUGACUGUAAUUCCCAAUGCGGCCUGGGGUGGAGAAGGCAGUUUAGGAUGUGAUGUUGGCUAUGGUUAUCUGCACCGAAUCCCAGUCCGGUCUCCCGGCUACGACAGGAAGUCACCUAGUUCCCCACCACCUGGACCUCCCCCUCAGGACUCGCCUGGCCCUUCUGCCCCGGAAAUCCGCUCCAGCCAAGAUGACUAUGUGGAGGCCCUGCUGCAGGCUCCCGACUCCUCCACGGAGACCCAGCUGUCACCACCUGUGACUCCCAGCCCCGGAGCCACAGACCUAGAGGGACUGCCACGUUCCAUGGAGACGUCUCUUCGGUCCCCUCCUCCUUUGCAGCGAGUCAUGGACCCAGGCUUCCUGGACGUGUCAGGCAUCUCCCUCUUGGACAGCAGCAAUGCUGGCCUCUGGCCUGGCAUAGCCUCUCCCACGCUGCCCACCUCCGCUCCGCCGACCUCUGCAGCUGUCUCGGCCUCAGGAGUGGAGGAUGUCUCCAGCAACGGAUCUCAGGAUCGGGGUGGUGAGGCCACAUGGUCUGGAUCAGAGUUUGAAGUCGCCUUCCUGGACAUCCCAGGCCCCCAGGCCCAGCAGGACCACCUGCCUCAGCUGACUCUUCCCGACAGCCUUACUUCCACGGCUUCACCAGAAGAUGGACUGUCUGCCGAACUGCUCGAAGCUCAGGCUGAAGACGAGCCGGUCAGCACAGAGGGACCGGACUGUGGGACGGAGGCCCAAGGGCCUGCUGGCCAGACUGAGACCCCUGCCGCAGAGUAA